AUGUCAUGCUAUUGCUUCCUUCUCAUAAUAGUACUUCCUACUGAUUUCGCAGUCGCUGGUUCGAAAGAUCAACUUCGGCAUCUCGCUACUAACAAAGAUUUCAUUAGUAGGCUUGCGGAAGGUGAAUUUGAGGUAGUCCAUCCAUUUCAGAUUCGAGAUAAGAACGACCGUAUCGGCAUUGACACUAGGAAUCACUAUUUAAAUGGGAGUGUUCAUUACAAGCAAGUUACUAUUGUUAUUCGUAGUACUGUUGUGAGUCGUUUAAAACUGCUAUUGGGUCUUAAUGAGUUAUUAUUCAUUAAUGGAACCGAUUUUCGGAAACUUGAUAAUGGUGGGAGUAUCCCGAUCAGUAGGCGAGUUGAGAAUUGCUACUAUCAGGGUACUGUAAACGGCGAAGAAGCAUCAUUUGUGGCACUGUCAACGUGUAACGGGUUGCGUGGUGUAAUUGCUUUCGACAACGGUUCAGCCUACGGCAUAUGGCCUUUAGACGGUGGUGAUCGAGGUCGUCGUCAUCCACAUGUCUUGUAUCGUACAAAGUGGCUCCAGUCUGCUUCAUGUGGUAAUCAGGUUGGAGAAGGUUCAAGACAGUUCCAAAAGUUUUCGAAACGUGAUGUCACGAAACAAACAAAGUUCGUCGAAUUAGCUGUGAUUGGUGAUUACUCUUUUAUGAAAAAACACGAUUUACACGAAGAAGAAGGUACUGCAUUCAUCCUGGAAGCUAUCAAUAUUGCUGAUUAUAUGUUUUCACGUGAUUUAAAUAUUCGAUUGAGUAUUGUUUAUUUGGAAGAAUGGAUGGAUAAAUCACGAAUUGAUUAUCAUGAAGAUAUCGAGAGAACAUUAAGCAGUGCCGUGGUGUAUGUCACUGAUCAUAUUUAUCAUAUUGUCAAAGAUACUUCCUUGAUGUUCACAUCAGCAAAAUUUGUCAAAGACGAAGUAAUGACGAGCACUUCUGGAAGCAUUUGUUCACCGCGUGCUACCGGUUUGGUUAUGGCUGUGGAUACGUACACAGCGCAUGAUACGGGUCAGUUAAUUGCUCAUAAUCUGGCUCACAUUAUGGGGAUGGAUCAUGAUUCUCCAGAUUGCGCGUGCGAUUUCAUCAACAACUGCAUUAUGCAUAAGCAAGCAGGGAAUAUUGGGUCACCGUUUUUAUGGCAGUUCUCAAAAUGCAGUAUAGCUAGAAUGCAUAGCGUAUUACAAUCCGGACAUUUGCAAUGCUUGUUGAAUAAGCCAUUGCAAGCAUCAACACUGCAGCAGUGUGGUAAUGGUAUUGUUGAUGGUGAGGAGGAGUGUGACUGCGGAAUGCGGGAUCAGUGCCUCGAUCCAUGCUGUGAUCCACUAACAUGUACUCUUCGCGCUCAUGCUCACUGUGCCUCUCAUCAGGCAUGUUGUCAUCGUUGCCAACUGCGGCCAAUGGGACAUGUAUGUAGACCGGCAAGAUCUGUAUGCGAUGUUGCGGAAGUGUGUACCGGAGAUGAUGGUGAUUGUCCAGAUGAUGGAUACCUAAUUGAUGGUACUAUAUGCGGCAUUAGCGGGCAAUGUUGGAAAGGAAACUGUUCAGAUGUUGAACAGCAAUGUCGCGAUCUUUGGGGUCCAGAUGCAGCAACGGCGGAUGAACACUGUUAUGAACGUAAUGGACUUGGUGUGGAAUAUGGAAACUGUGGCAUAGAUCGCGAUAAGAUGUAUAAGAAAUGUGCAGUGGAAAAUGUACAUUGUGGGACAUUGCAUUGUCGGGGAGGUUUUCAAACCCCCUUGGAUUUAAAGCUUAAUUCAUUUAAUCUUCAAUUCCUACAUGAAACCAAACAAAUACAGUGCAAAAUGGUUACAAAUCUUGAUGUUGGUGUGGUUAUGGAUGGUAGCAGUUGCGGUUCUGGAAAAGUUUGUGUUCAAGGAAUUUGUUCACCUCUUGUUCAGGUCUCACCACCUGUGCACUGUCCAAGCAAUAAUCUUGCUUACCAGUGUUCGGGACAUGGGGAUUGUACGACUACACGACGGUGUCUCUGUUAUAACGGUUGGAUGGGUACAGCUUGUGACACCAAAACAAAUAUUUCUCAUCCCACAACUGUUGCACCAUUAGAUGUUUCUCAUUUUAGUGAUAUCUUCAUCCCAUCAUUUACAGGAGACCAUACGUUGAAUACCACAACUCUGCUUAUUAUUCUUCUUAUUGUUGGCAUAUUGCUUCUGUUGCUUUUAAUUUGCCUCCUAUUUUGCUACCGGCGACAAAGUGAGAUUGAAUUUUCUUCACCAGCAGAUGAGAAGCUGAACGAGAGUCUUCCAGAAAAUACGCAACGAGCGAUAAAAUUUGGUAGUAUGCCAAGUUAUCGUGAGGAAAAAAGGAAAAGAAAAAAAGAUAAGCAUGUUUAUGAUGCGUUACAAAGGAUCAAUGAGGCAAGUGAUGAACGAGAUAGUGCAUCUGUGAAGUCACGUGAAUCUGGAAGUACAGGUCAUGAAAAUAAUGGGGCUUUACCAGUAAGCAGAAACUGUGUGGAAUAUGAUCCAAAAGAGGAAAUUGUUACAACAAUGCUGAAUGGUAUAGCAACAACCGUAUUGAAAAGAGAGGCACCUGCUAACCACAGCUAUUAUUGCGAUGGUGCAUUGUAUCAUGAGACGUGUUCGGAAAUGUUGGGUUCAUCACCGACAAUGCGUUGUUCAUCUGUAGCGCUUCCAACUCGUUGUGAACGAAACCGAAGCGGUUAUGCAACUGAUUCUGAAAUUGCGAUGGGACGGUAUGGCGCACGUUAUGUGGAAGCCAUAUCAGGUGCAAGUGUUGAGUUGAGUCCGACUUCGUCGCAGACUUCGGUCAAUAAUAGAAUGACUCCAACUCCACUAAAACUUAACAACAUUGGAAUGCUGCUAAGGCAGUUGCAACAUAAUGACGAAAUUUGCAGCGAUGUAGAACUGAGUGCAGUAGAGGCAGAUCACGUGGAACAUGGAGAUUUGGGUUCCAAUACAGAAUCCAGCAAAGGUUAUGGACCUCAGGAGGCAAACAUGUCGUUACCGAACGGCUUAGACCCGAGCUUUUCGCGAUCGCUUCAGACCAAAGACCGAAACACAGAUGACGAAAGAUUGGAUAGUAGUACUUCAGCUUGCUUCUCAAAUGAAGCAAUGCUAAAUGGGCAUAGUACCCUAUUCCAGGAAUGUCAGUCUCUUUCUGAGAUGGAAAUGAGCGAAAGGACCAUUAGACAUGGUCAUCCUCACGGUCAAAGUCAACAUUCAUUGUUCAAUGACUCAUUCAGGUUGGAAGUGUGA